AUCUGAAUAAAAUAAAGCACCAAACUAAUCGUUUUAUCUCCGAUACGCGGCGUAUUGAGGAUUACCGGUAGUCGUGGCCCGUCGUCCGAGUGUUGACGUCGCGAUGGCCAAGCUUGUGGUGUGGGUGUGUCUGCUCGUCGCCGUCGCGGCGCAGGACGACUUGUACGAACUUAAUAUUAUACACUUCAACGAUUUCCAUGCACAUUUCGAAGAAGUCAGUCCCUCGGGCACAGUAUGCAGCCCCUCCGACACCUGCAUCGGCGGCUACGCGCGACUUUACACCGCCAUCCGCGAGGCGCGCGAGGCGGAGCCCGACUCGCUGGUGCUGAACGGCGGCGACACUUUCCAGGGCACCAUCUGGUACAACUUCCUGCGGUGGAACGUCUCGCAGCACUUCAUGAAUCUGCUGCCGCAUGACGCACACGUGCUGGGCAACCACGAGUUCGACCACGGGCCCGAGGGCCUGGUUCCGUACUUGGAGCGCCUGAACGCGCCGAUGCUCGGCGCCAACGUGAACACGACCUUCGAGCCGGAGUUGACGCCCUACUUGCGCAACCACAUCGUGCUGGAGCGCCGGGGGCGCAGGAUCGGCAUCAUUGGCGUGCUGCUCAGAGUGUUCUCAGCGCCAAUCGGAGGCGUAAUAAUGGAAGACGAGGUGGAAGCCAUCAACCGCGAGGCGGCCAUUUUGGAGGAGCAGGGCGUCGACAUCAUCAUAGUGCUGUCUCACUGUGGCUACGCUCCCGAUCUGCGAAUGGCGGCGGAGAUUUCGUCCUCGGUGGACAUCAUAGUGGGCGCGCACUCGCACACGUUGCUUUACAGCGGGGACUCCCCAAACGGGGACUCGGUUGGCGGGGACUACCCCACACCGGUGGUGAGGAGUGAUGGACAUCGGAUCCUGGUAGUCCAAGCGUCGUGCUACACACGGUACCUGGGUAACAUCAAGCUGUUUAUCGAUGAUGCCGGUAUAAUCCAGGGUUGGGAGGGAGUGCCUAUUUUCCUGGGGUCCUCUAUCGUGCAAGACCCUCAAAUGUUGGCGGAGCUAGAGCCAUGGCGCGCGCAAGUGGACACCGUGGGUAAGGAGGUGCUGGGUCGCGUGCUGACCCCCCUCAGCCGCUCCUGCUACUCGCGGGAGUGCAACAUCGGCAGCUGGGCUUGUGACGGCUUCCUGCAGCAGCUGAUGGAGCGCGCUAAGGACGGGUCGUGGAACGAAGCGCACGUCUGCUUGAUCAACGCCGGCGGCCUGCGCACGGCCAUCGAUCGCGGCGAGGUGACGACCGAGGGUCUCCUGAUGGCGAUGCCGUUCGAGAACUACGUGCAGGUGUACGACCUGAAGGGCGAGCACCUGCUGGAAGCGCUGGAGUUCUCCGUGGGCGUGUACAUGGCGCCCGGGGACUUCUAUAGCGGGCGCAUGCUGCAAAUCGGAGGCCUGCGCGUCGUAUACAACGCAUCGCAACCUAUUAACUCGCGCGUACUGGCCGCCUCGGUGCGCUGCAUCGAGUGCUCCGUGCCGCGGUACACGCCGCUCGACCCCAGCGCCACCUACCGUGUGGUCACACAGAACUACAUCGGCGACGGCGGCGGCGGCUACACGAUGCUGUCAGAAAACCGCGAGAACCUGGAAAACCUGCAGUUAGACUACGUGAUGCUGCAGCAGUUCCUGCGGCACCAGAACGCCGUGCUGCAAGACCUGGACGGACGCAUCGAGAUAGUCUUUUAG